CACUUCACCUAGUAUCAGUUCAUUGUUUCUAUUUACUUAAUGUUGAAUUCCUGUGUUGCUUCCCCGUGAUUUUUUGUUAUAAAUACCAGCAAAGAUGAAGUUGGACAUCACCAUGAACGACCGUUUUAACCAGCGGUUUCAGUCCGUAUAUGGCGGACUGGUUCCCCAAAUCGCCCGAUUGGUGCCCUUCAACGACUCGGAGGUGACAUGCAUCCUGCUGAUCUAUUACAAGUAUAGCCUCCAGAACGGACCCGCUGCUCGCCGAAUAACUUCCAGCCAGUUCGUCAACAUCGUGAUUGGGUUCCAGCAGCUUUACGACAUGGACGUGGUGGAUCGCAUCGUUACCCUGAUCGCGGGAGGCAGGAAACACGUGACGCCCAUGGAAUUCGUCAACUACAUGACCAUCCUAAUGUCCCGCGACAUGGAGCGCAAAAUGGAGUUUGCAUACAUGGUGUACGACAAAAAUGGAAUGGGCAUUAAUAGAGAGAUCAUUUCAUCUUCGGUCGAGAGGUUUUUUGUCGGGGACGACGACGAGGUACUCGAGAUGCGACUGGACAUGGUCGAUUUUCUACUCCUCAAAUUUGAUGAAGACCAGGAUGGCUACAUCUCAUUUGAGGAGUACAGAUCGAUCGUAUUGCAGCAGCCGAGUCUGCUGGAGUUUCUGGGUCCCAUCUUUCCCUCGGACGAGACGCGUCUAGUGGUGGCGUACUGCACUGCCAUAUACUCUCACAUACCCGAAAUGAGCACGUUAUAGGUAUGGGAGCAGGGUAUGUGGCAGUUUGCCAGAACUCCGCCAGUCACAUAAAUCUUUCAGGCACAAAUAAAUCGAAAGCAAUGCAAAUCAGUGCGCCCCGCCACCGCGUUUUUCUCUGUUCAGCCAUUGUAGCCACUCGAAAAUGUCAAUGACAAUGAUGAUGAACUGCAGAAUAGAGCGCUGACAGCUGCAACGAGACGCUGGAUAGAUGGAUAGAUGGAUGGAGCAUAUAUAGGGGACACCAGCUGUCUCUCGACCACACGGUGGAAAAAUAUGAAAGCUGAAGAUAGAAUACUUGAUAUAACUAUCAUUUAAAUAGAAUAGCAAUUAUUGGUGAACACUCAAUUCACAGCAUACGGUUAAUUUUUAUAUAUAUGUAUAUAUGCAUACAUAUAUAUUUUUAUAUUAUAAAAAUACAGCUAAACUUAUUUUUUACA